AUGCAGUUCGGACGCCUCCUAUCGGCGAUCGUCGCCGGUCUAACAAUCGCUCAAGCCACGCCGAUCCGAGAGAUAUCUCCGGCCACCUCUCUCCCCGAAGAAGCGGCAGCGGCAGUAGAACCCAAAGAAAUCCGGAGCCAGCCGACGAAGUACUUCCGCGAAGCGAGUUUUUCUGCACACUACGACGCGCGCUUCGCCUCAAAACCGCUGAAUGAGACGGCUCAGCGCGAUGCUGUAAAGGUUCUGGUCCAGACCUACCUCGCGACCCUCGCCGACCUGGGCGUCCAGACGUGGCUCAUGCACGGCUCCCUCCUCGGGUGGUGGUGGAAUAAGCAGAUCCUCCCCUGGGACUCGGACGCGGACGUUCAGGUCACAGAAGACGGCAUCACCUUUCUCGCCGCCUACUACAACAUGACGACCUGGUACUUCAAGUAUCCCUCCAUCCCGCGGGGCCGCUUUUUCCAGCUUGAGGUGAACCCCAACUACGUCCACCGGGGCCAGGACACCUCUGACGAAGGCAACGUCGUCGACGCCCGUUGGAUCGACAUGGACAAUGGCCUCUUCAUCGACGUCACCGCCGUCCGAUACGUCGAAGAUCACCCCGAGGGUGCCGGCGUGCUCGCCUCCAAAGAUGGCCAUGAGUUCCGCGACACGUACCUGUACCCGCUGUUGGAGACCACUUUUGAGGGCGUCAAGGCCAAGAUCCCGUAUAAGUACAGGGAGAUGCUUGUCGCUGAGUACGGCGAGAAGGCCUUGACGGACAAGGAGUUCAAGAAAUUCAUCGACGAUAAGAUGGAAUGGGUUCCUAACGAUGAGCUUUGA